CCGGUGGGCCGUAAGCUACGUAGCGCGUGUUGAAUCUGUAGAAAAUUCCCCUUCUUCCCUCUUCAGUUUUACACAGUUUCAACUGCCUUUUCAGAUCUACAUAACAAGACAAAACAAUGUACGCCACUCCAGUUAGAGCCUUCUCCAAGUCCGCCGUCAGAAUGAACGCUGCCGGUAACACCCCAGCCUCCAAGUGGUUCGGUGCCUUUGGUGGUGUCGCUGUUCUCCUUGGUAUCUUUGCCUUUGGUUUCGACAAGUUGGGCUUGCAAGACAACAUCAAGCACAGUUUCAACAAGACCGGUAUCAACACCAAGAAGGACGAGUAAGCCGAGUGCUCCCGUGUCCUGUGCUAAUACGAUGCUGCAUUGAUUCAAUUCAAAGGUGAUGUGUGUUGUGCCCUGAGGUGCCCUUUUGGCAGUU